GCUAUAGCCAGAAACUACAAUAACGACACACAACCCAUAAUAGCCAAAAAUGGCGCCCCAACCCAGCACAUCCAUUCACCACAAAAACAGUCACGAACGACGAAGACUAUGGCCUAAGAACGAUUGGGUCAUCAGUGUGAAACCACAAUCAGUAAAUUAAGCAUCCAUCCGUAUUCCGAGCUCCCUAUUAUUCAAAUUCAAUCGAAUCUUUCCCCAUCGCUUUUUAUACCCAUUCCAAUUCCCCCAAUAAUUCACCCAUCUCUCUCUCUCGAGAUCGAUCGAUCGAUCGAUCUUGAAAGCUUGGCAUAAUGAAGACACAUCCAUCAUGGGUUCAUCUUUACCUGAUUCCAAAACUUGCCCAAACAGCAUUCAGCAUCAGGGAGUUGAUGGUAAUUAAGGAUCAAAAUGUGCUGCAAAAGCACGUUAAUUUCUUCUAUCGGGACAAAGAUGGAGUUGUUUAUCCUUGGGAAACGUUUCAAGGUUUUCGAGAAAUUGGGUGUGGUGUUUUAUUGUCCUCCUUGGCUUCCGUUUUCAUCGACGUCGGUCUCAGGUCCAAAACUCGUCUGGGUAAAUUUCCUUCUCUUCUAUUUCCAAUUGUGGUAAAGAACAUCCAGAAAGCUAAGCAUGGGAGGGACUCUGGUGUCUAUGACACAGAAGGAAGGUUUGUUCUUGCAAAGUUUGAGGAGAUUUUUGGCAAGCACGCGCGUACAAAUGCAAACGCCUUAACGUCAGACGAAUUGAUGACAAUGCUAAAGUCAAACAGGGUCCCGAAGGACUAUGCCGGAUGGAUUGCAAGCUACUCAGAGUGGAAGAUCUUAUACAUGCUGAAAUGGGCAAGUGAUGGUUAA